UUCAUUUCUUCUGCGCCAUAGAAAAGUCUCGUCUUUCUUUUGCGUGUCCUUUUUUACCAUCGCAUCCUACCUUUGUCCCCUUCCGAUCGAUCCAUCGAUUUACAGACGCGUUGCUGGGUAAAUUCCUUCCCUACAAAUACCCCACCCCCGCCGGAGAGUCUCCGCACACCCCAAAUUUCUUCAGGAUCCAUCGAUUAAUUGUAUUUGAGUUCGAGCUGCGUCGCGGAAAUGGCGGAUCAGUUGACGGACGACCAGAUCUCCGAGUUCAAGGAGGCCUUCAGCCUGUUCGACAAGGAUGGAGAUGGUUGCAUCACAACCAAGGAGCUCGGCACGGUGAUGAGAUCCUUGGGUCAGAAUCCGACGGAAGCCGAGCUCCAGGACAUGAUCAAUGAGGUGGAUGCCGACGGCAACGGGACCAUCGAUUUCCCGGAGUUUUUAAACCUCAUGGCGAGGAAAAUGAAGGAUACCGAUUCCGAGGAGGAGCUGAAGGAGGCGUUCCGCGUGUUCGACAAGGAUCAGAACGGUUUCAUCUCUGCUGCCGAGCUCCGUCAUGUCAUGACAAACCUCGGCGAGAAACUGACCGACGAGGAGGUCGAUGAAAUGAUCCGCGAAGCUGAUGUGGACGGCGAUGGGCAAAUUAAUUACGAGGAGUUUGUUAAGGUUAUGAUGGCUAAGUGAUGUUUUAACACAUGAAUAUACAAAAAUUCAGAAAUUUUUUUUUUUAAAAAAUCAUGAAAAGAAGAAACUAUUGUAGACGAACGGCGAUGUCGCCUAGUUUAAUGGUCUUAAAUCGUUUUUCUUUGUCUUGAUUGCAUUUUACGAUUUUUAAGUCGUAUGUAGGAAUGGUUUUGGGUUCUUUAGUUAUGUGUGACGGUUCUUGUUUUA